AUGGCGAUCAUGGGAAGAAGACCAAUUGGCUGGCUCUUGCUGCUUUGGGGGCUCGUUGCGUGUUCGGUCCUGGCAGCCGGACGGAGAGUCAAGCAGCCCCGAUGCCCAGCUGGAUGUACGUGCACCAAAGAUAACGCCUUGUGUGAGAACGUCCGGAUUGUGCCGCACUCUUUCCCUUCUGAUGUGCUCUCACUAUCUUUUGUCAAGUCUGGAUUCAAUGAAAUCGCAGGAGGAAGCUUUGCACAUACACCUGCUUUGCAACUACUCUUGUUCACGGCCAAUUCCUUUGACCUCAUCGACGACGACGCCUUCGUUGGGUUGCCGCAUCUUGAGUAUCUAUUCAUUGAAAAUAACAAGAUUGAAUCCAUUUCCCCGUUUGCAUUCCGGGGGCUCAAGUCAUUGAUUCAUUUGAGUCUGGCUUACAACAACCUUGAAAUGCUGCCUAAGGAUGUCUUUAAAGGGAUGGAUGCUUUGACAAAAGUGGAUCUGCGAGGCAACAACCUGAUAUGCGAUUGCAAGCUCAAAUGGUUAGUGGAAUGGAUGCACCACACUAAUGCCACACUGGACCAGAUCUACUGUAGCGGGCCUCCCAUCCAUCAGGGCAAGAAGAUCAAUGACCUUCUGCCGCACUCCUUUGACUGCCUCACCUCCGAAUUCGCCUCCUAUCAGUCGCUGAAGUUCGAGUCCAUUUCCGUAGAGGCCUUCACCUUUCGUGAAGAUCAGUACAUCGUGUUUGCGCAACCGUUCGCUGGCACGUGCAGCUUCCUGGAAUGGGAUCAUGUCGAGAUGACUUUCAGAAGCUUCGACACCAUUGAAAGCACUUCCACUGUGGUCUGCAAACCCAUGGUGAUCAACAACCAGUUGUUUGUCGUCGUGGCACAGCUGUUCGGCGGCUCCCACAUUUACAAACGGGACAUUUCCGCCAAUAAAUUCAUUAAAAUCCAGGACAUCGACAUCCUGAAAAUCCGGAAACCCAAUGACGUGGAAAGCUUUGUGAUCGAUGGGGAGUCCUUCUUCGUUAUCGCGGAUAGCUCAAAGGCCGGUUCGACCACCGUGUACAAGUGGAAUGGCAAUGGAUUCUACUCGCAUCAGUCACUCCAUCCGUGGUACCGGGACACAGACGUGGAGUACUUCGAGAUCUCCAACAAACCUCACUUGAUCUUGUCCAGCAGUUCCCAAAGGCCGGUGGUUUAUCAGUGGAACAGGGGCCAGAAGAGGUUUGACCGCAGAACUGACUUACCAGAGAUGGAGGAUGUUUUAUCUGUCCAACACUUUCGUGUCAAAAGUGAGCUGUUGAUAUGCUUGACCAGAUUUAUCGGGGACUCCAAGGUGAUGCGUUGGGACGGCGCCAUGUUCAAGGAGGUCCAAACAUUUCCCUCCCGCGGAUCCAUGGUUUUUCAACCCGUAUCCAUCGGCAACUGGCAAUACGCCAUCCUGGGCAGCGAUUAUUCGCUGACGCAGGUCUACCAGUGGGACACCAAGAGGGGGCAGUUUGUGCCGUCUCAGGAGUUGAGCAUCCAGGCACCACGAGGGUUUUCUCUGGUAUCCGUCGACGGGCGAGAGUUUCUGAUCGCGUCCAGUUUUAAGGGAAAGUCUCAGAUAUACGAGCAUCUCAUGAUCGAUCUGAGUGUGUAG